AUGGCAUGGGUAUUCGUUGCACAAAGGAAAAAAAUGUGUAUAAGUGGACCCACGCCAUUCAAUCCCAAGGGUCAACUGAAUCUAGAAGGCAAAGAAAAGGAUGACUUUUUCUCGGUCAGACUUCUGCCUGCCUAUGGAUCCCAGAAGGAUAUCAAGCCAAUGAGAGAUCAGAUUGUCAGAGUGAAGAGAUAUGAAAAAGUCCCACUAAUCCUAGUAGGAAAUAAAGUGGAUCUGGAACCAGAAAGAGAGGUUAUGUCUUCAGAAGGCAGAGCACUGGCUCAAGAAUGGGGCUGUCCUUUCAUGGAGACAUCGGCAAAAAGUAAAUCAAUGGUGGAUGAACUUUUUGCUGAGAUCGUCAGGCAAAUGAACUAUUCAUCCCUGCCCGAGAAGCAAGAUCAGUGUUGUACAACUUGUGUUGUCCAGUAAAAAAGAUAACCUCAAUCAUGGCCAUACCGAGCAG